AUGGCACACUACUCAUUCGUCCCUCCCAGCCCUUCUGUGGCUUAUGUUAACCCCAAUUCGCCUUCACAAGUCAGCGCUAGCGGUCCGCCUCUCGCGACUUGGUCGUCUCCUCAGACUGGAACAACCGUUUUGCAAUAUGCAAACGCAAGGGUGCAAGUUGACACAUCGCCAGGCUACAGCUAUACUCCGCACCCUUCAAAUACCGUUUAUUAUCCGUCGUGGGCUUAUCCGUCGUGGGCUUACCCUGCGUGGUACAAUCAUCACUACUGGGGAUGGUGGCUUGGAGGGAGUUUAGACAACGAGAAACAGACACUCUGUUGUGCUUAA